AUGUCUGGUGUGGACCCAACUACGGCUGGGGCUUCGCCCUCGCCGCUUGACGGCAUUGCGCCCUCGCUGCGCUCCGCCCUUGUUGAUCAGGUGCCGUCGCGCGCUCCCUCGCCUGCGCCGCCUGCUACGACGGUGCCGGUGGGCCAGGAGCCGACCGGCACCAUGGUGCUCGAGCUGUCGGACGGCACCGAGUACCAAGGCAUCAGCUUUGGUGCCGAAGGCAAGAGCAUCUCGGGAGAGUGCGUCUUCCAAACGGGUAUGGUCGGCUACGUCGAGUCGCUCACCGACCCCUCGUACGAGGGCCAGAUCCUCGUGCUCACCUACCCCCUGAUCGGUAACUACGGUGUGCCGAAGCGCUCGGCUGGCGAGACGCAGCCCCGCCUCGCUGCGCCGUUCGAGUCGUCGCGCAUCCAUGUUGCCGGUCUGGUUGUUGCAUACUACAGCCAGGACUUUAGUCACUACCUGGCCGCGUCCGGCCUCGGUGACUGGCUGAAGGAAAACGGUGUGCCGGCCGUGUACGGUAUCGACACGCGCGCGCUCACGAAGCGCAUCCGUACCAAGGGCAGCAUGCUCGCGCGCCUCCUCGCGCCGAAUGGCCAGCCCGCCCUGCCGCCCACCGAUGGCACGAACAACUGGCGUGCGCGCUUCCACGACGUCGCGUGGCACGAUCCCAACGGCGAGCACCUUGUGCAGAAGGUUUCGUGCAAGGCCCCGAUGCUCUACACGCCCGAGGACACGCAGCCUGCCGGUCUGCGCACCGCGAACGAGCCCACACUGCUGCACGGCAGCGGCCGCCCGAUCCGCAUUCUGGCGCUCGACAUGGGUAUGAAGCUCAACCAGAUCCGCUGCUUUACCACGCGCGGUGUGCAGCUCAAGGUUGUGCCCUGGGACUAUGACAUCAACAGCGAGAGCGAGCCGUUUGACGGUCUCUUUGUCUCGAACGGUCCCGGUGACCCCACGCAGUGCACGCUCACUAUUGAGCGCCUGCGUACGUUUUUGAACCGCACCAACGACCCGAUUCCCGUGUUUGGUAUCUGUCUGGGUCACCAGCUCCUUGCGCUCGCUGCGGGUGCGACGACCGCCAAGAUGAAGUACGGCAACCGUGGUCAAAAUAUUCCGUGCACGGACCAGCUCAGUGGCCGCUGCUACAUCACCUCGCAGAACCACGGUUACGCGGUGGACGGCACCUCGCUCCCGGCGGGCUGGAAGGAGCUGUUUGUCAACGCGAACGACGGCAGCAACGAGGGUAUCUACUGCGAAUCGUACCCCUACUUCUCUGUGCAGUUCCACCCGGAGAGCACCGCCGGUCCCCGCGACACCGAGUACCUCUUUGACGUGUUUAUCCGCUCGGUGGUCGACGCGGCUGCGGUGCGCAACGCCGGAAAGGUCGCUCCGAAGGCGGUCGAGUUCCCCGGCGGUCUGCUCGCUGACCACGAGGCGGCCCACCCCCGCCUGCACCUGCGCAAGGUCCUGGUGCUCGGCUCGGGCGGUCUGAGCAUCGGCCAGGCGGGUGAGUUUGACUACAGUGGCUCGCAGGCGAUCAAGGCCCUGAAGGAGGAGGGUAUCUACACCAUCCUCAUCAACCCCAACAUUGCCACGAUCCAGACCUCGUCGGGUCUUGCGGACAAGGUGUACUUUUUGCCCGUCACCCCCGAGUUUGUGCUCAAGGUCCUGCGCCACGAGCGUCCGGACGGUAUCUACUGCACGUUUGGUGGCCAGACUGCGCUGAACGUCGGUAUCAAGAUCAAGGACGAGCUCGGGUCGCUCGGCGUGCGCAACCUCGGUACCCCGAUCGACACGAUCAUCAAGACCGAGGACCGUGACCUGUUCGCCAAGGCCAUGGAGGAGAUUGGCGAGCGCUGCGCGCCGAGCGCCAGUGCGAACAACUGGGACGAGGCCCUGGCGGCAUCCAAGACGAUCGGUUUCCCGGUCAUUGUGCGUGCUGCCUUUGCCCUCGGUGGUCUCGGUUCCGGCUUUGCGAAGAACGAGGAAGAACUGCGCCGCCUGUGCCACGCCGCCUUUGCCAACUCGCCGCAGGUGCUUGUGGAGAAGAGUAUGAAGGGCUGGAAGGAGGUCGAGUACGAGGUUGUGCGUGAUAUCCGCGACAACUGUAUCACCGUGUGUAACAUGGAGAACUUUGAUCCCUUGGGUGUACACACCGGCGACUCGAUCGUCAUUGCCCCGAGUCAGACGCUGAGCGACGAGGAUUACAACAUGCUCCGCACGACCGCCGUCAACGUCAUUCGCCACCUCGGUGUCGUGGGUGAGUGCAACAUCCAGUACGCCCUCAACCCCCACAGCCGCGAGUACUGCAUUAUCGAGGUGAAUGCGCGUCUCUCGCGUUCGUCGGCGCUCGCCUCCAAGGCGACCGGCUACCCGCUCGCGUUUGUCGCCGCCAAGCUCGGUCUCAAUAUCCCGCUCAACGAGCUGCGCAACAGCGUCACGCGCGAGACCUCGGCGUGCUUCGAGCCGAGUCUCGACUACGUCGUGACCAAGAUCCCCCGCUGGGAUCUGCGCAAGUUUGAGCGUGUCAGCUCCAAGCUCGGCAGUUCGAUGAAGAGUGUCGGUGAAGUGAUGGCCAUCGGCCGCACCUUUGAGGAGUCGAUCCAGAAGGCCAUCCGCUCCAUCGACCCCUCCUUUGACGGUUUCGGCAAGAACGACUUUGUGAACGAGAACGAGAUCGACGAGGAGCUCGAGUUCCCGACCGACAAGCGCAUCUUUGCCGUCGGUAACGCGCUGCACAAUGGCUACACCGUCGACCAGAUCCACGCGCUGAGCAACAUUGACCGCUGGUUCCUGUCCAAGCUUAAGGGGAUCACUACGGCCGCGCACGCGCUCGAACAGAGCACCGCGCAGCCCCUGUCGGGCAUGCUUCUGCGCCAGGCCAAGCAGCUCGGCUUCAGCGAUCGCCAGAUCUCGCGCUACGUGGCGAGCGCGGAGCUGGCUGUGCGCCAGCGCCGCAAGGAGCUCGGCAUCACGCCGUUUGUCAAGCAGAUUGACACGGUCGCCGCCGAGUUCCCCGCGCAGACCAACUACCUGUACACGACCUACAACGCGGUCGAGAACGACGUCCAGUUCAGCGACCACGGCGUGAUGGUGCUUGGUUCGGGUGUGUACCGCAUCGGUUCCUCGGUCGAGUUCGACUGGUGUGCCGUGCGCGCGAUCCGCACGCUCCGCGAGAAGGGCUACAAGACGGUCAUGGUCAACUACAACCCCGAGACUGUGUCGACGGACUACGACGAGGCCGACCGUCUGUACUUUGAGAACAUCUCGCUUGAGACGGUGAUGGACAUCUACGAGAUGGAGCACAGCUCGGGCGUGAUCAUCUCGAUGGGUGGUCAGACGCCGAACAACAUUGCGCUGCCGCUGUACCGCCAGGGCGUCAAGGUCCUCGGUACCUCGCCGGAGAUGAUCGACAUGGCCGAGAACCGCUACAAGUUCUCGCGCAUGCUCGACAAGAUCGACGUCGACCAGCCCAUGUGGAAGGAGCUGACGAGCCUGGAGGAUGCGUACUCGACGUGCGCGCGCUUCGGCUACCCCGUCCUUGUCCGCCCGUCGUACGUGCUGAGUGGUGCGGCGAUGAACGUCGUGUACUCUGCCGAGGACCUCAGCUCGUACCUGUCGCAGGCCGCCGCGAUCAACCGCGAGCACCCCGUGGUGAUUACCAAGUACCUCGAGGGCGCCAAGGAGAUCGAGAUGGACGCUGUCGCCAAGGACGGUAAGAUGAUCAUGCACUACGUCUCGGAGCACGUCGAGAACGCGGGUGUGCACUCGGGUGAUGCGACGCUCAUCCUCCCCCCGCAGGACCUCGAGCCAGAGACGGUGCGCAGGAUCGAGGUGGCGACGAGCAAGAUCGCCUCGUCGCUCAACGUCACCGGUCCCUUCAACAUCCAGUUCAUCGCCAAGAACAACGAGAUCAAGGUGAUUGAGUGCAACGUGCGUGCCGCGCGUUCGUUCCCCUUCGUCUCGAAGGUGACGGGCGUGGACGCGAUCGAGCUUGCGACCUGCGCCAUGAUGGACAUUGCUGUCGAGCCCUACCCCGCCGUCGAGCUGCCGCACCAGUACGUCGGUGUCAAGGUGCCGCAAUUCUCCUUCUCGCGUCUCGCCGGUGCCGACCCGAUUCUCGGUGUCGAGAUGGCGUCGACGGGUGAGGUGGCAUGCUUUGGCCGCAACAAGUACGAGGCGUACCUGCGCGCGAUGCUCGCCUCGGGUAUCCGCCUGCCGACCAACAAUGUGCUGCUGUCGGUGGGUAGCUUCAGCGAGAAGCAGGAGCUGCUGCCGUCGGUGCGCACCCUGCACGCGCUCGGCUUCACCCUGUACGGUUCGUCGGGUACCGCCGACUUCUACACGGAGAACGGCAUCCCGGUCAUCCAGCUCGAGGCGCUUCCCGAGGACGACGACUGGGGCAGUGACGAGAACAGCAAAGCGUCGUACUCGCUGCUGACGCACUUGACCCAGGGCGUGAGCAGCCUGUUCAUCUCGCUCCCGAGUAAGAACAAGUACCGCCGCCCCUCGUCGUUCACCUCGAUGGGCUACCGCGCGCGUCGUCUCGCAAUCGACCGCUCGAUCCCGUUGAUCACCAACGUGAAGAACGCCAAGCUGUUUGUCGAGGCCCUUGCGGUGCACCGCAAGCUUGGCAGCCGCUUCGAGGUGUUCCCGAUCGACGCCAAGUCGAGCCACAUGACCUACACCUUCCCGGGUCUGGUCGGCAUCGACGCCUUUGUGCCUACAGUCGGCAACGAGAUCACCGCCAAGGACGUGGGCGCCUACACCCGUACGGCUGCGCUCGGCGGCUUUACGAACCUCGUGCUCGGUGCGCGCGGCGCCUCGUGCGCCGUGUACAACGAGCAGACGCUCGCUGCUGCCGAGGCCGCGCUCGAGGGCCAGUGCGCGACGGACGUUUCGCUGACGCUCCUCGCGGACCCCGCGUACGUCGCCUCGUACGUGGACCUCGCGCCCCGCGUGCGUGCACUCUUUGUGUCCUUCACGGGUGCCGCGCGCGAGCAGAGCCAGCAGCCGUCGGUACUUGCCUCGUACUUUGGCAACUGGCCCGAGGACAAGCUCAUCGUCACGGACGCCGCCGGCGCGGACCUCGCCUCGGUGCUGCUCCUGGCGAGCCUGCAUGCACGCGCGCUGCAUGUGACUGACGUCCGCAGUGCGGGCGACAUGCAGCUCCUUGCGCUCAGCAAAGCCAAGGGCCUGCGUGUGACGUGCGACGUGUCGAUCUACGCGCUGUUCUUCUCGACGGACAUGUACCCCACGGCGACGUGCCUGCCGAGCAGUGCUGACCAGGACGCGCUCUGGGGCCACCUCGAGGACAUCGACGCCUUCUCGCUCGGCAGUGCGCCCUACCUGCUCGCCGAGCAGCUUGGCCACGCGCCGUCGCCGACGGCCGGUCUCGAGGAGGCGAUGCGCCUGCUCCUCAACGCUGCGAACGAGAACCGCCUCACGCUCAACACGGUGAUGGACAAGAUGAGCACGCGCCCCCGCGAGAUCUUUGGCCUGCCCGAGCAGGCCGACACCUCGGUGUCGGUCGAGGUGGACCGUGCGACGCCCGUGUCCAAGGCCGACGUGUGGUCGCCGCUCGAGUCGACCGCGCUGCAGGGCGGUGUGCACCGUGUGCUCUUCCGCGGCACCACGGUUGUGCUCGACGGCGAGGUGCUGAGCCACUCGCUCCUCGGCGCCAACAUCAGUGCGCUCACCGGCAACAAGGGCGCCGACGCGACGCGCGCCGAGGCGGCUCCUCCGUCGCCGACGCUUGCGCUGCGCUCGCCGUCGGCGAAGCGUGCGUUUGGCCGCACCGACUCGAUGCGCCCUCUGACCAUGAUUGGCGGUAUGGCUGCGGCGAGCUCGGGUGUCUCGCGCGAGAGCGAGCUGAAGGAGUUGCCUGCGCCGCUCCUGCGCGAGCCUACAACGAGCACUGCGAUGCAGCUCUACCACCCCACGUUCUCGCGACGCCACAUUCUCUCGGUGAAGCAGUUCAACCGCGAGGACUUGCACGCGCUCUUUACCGUGGCGCAGGAGAUGCGCUUCCUGGUCGAGCGCUACGGUGUGCUGGACAUUCUGCGUGGCCGCGUGCUGAGCACGCUGUUCUACGAGGAGUCGACGCGCACCUCGUCCUCGUUUGAGGCUGCGAUGGCGCGCUGCGGUGGCCAGAUCGUCGCGGUGAACACCUCGCGUUCGUCGGUCGCCAAGGGCGAGACGCUCGCCGACACGGUGCGCACGCUCGGCUGCUACAGCGACAUUGUGGUGCUGCGCCACCCCGCGGUGGGCUCGUCACAGGAAGCGGCCAAGUUCUCGCCUGUGCCGAUCAUCAACGCCGGCGACGGCGUUGGCGAGCACCCCACGCAGGCGCUGCUGGACGUCUUUACCAUCCGUGAGGAGCUGGGUACCGUCAACGGCCUGACCAUUACCCUGGUCGGUGACCUGAAGAACGGCCGCACGACGCACUCGCUCGUGCGCCUGCUCUCGCUGUACGGCGUGACGCUCAACUUUGUCUCGCCGCGCUCGCUCGAGAUGCCCCGUGAGGUGGUGCGCGACCUCUCGAAGCACGGCAUCACGAUGUUCGAGACGAGCAACCUCGACGACGUGAUCGGCUCGACCGACGUGCUCUACGUGACGCGCAUCCAGCGCGAGCGUUUCAACAGCCCCGAAGAGUACGAAAAAGUCAAGGGCUGCUACGUCGUGAACAACGACGUGCUGGCGCGUGCCAAGGCUGACACCGUCGUCCUGCACCCCUUGCCGCGUGUCGACGAGAUCGACCCCGAGGUCGACUUUGACACGAAGCGCGCGGCCUACUUCCGCCAGAUGCGCUGCGGUCUCUUUAUCCGCAUGGCGCUCCUGGCCAUGGUCCUUCAGUCGAGCGACCGGGCUUGA